AUGAAGUUUCUCGGGCUCCGAGUUGGGGAACCUAGAGCCGAAUAUCUAGAUGCGGUUGUAGCUCUAGCUUAUGCAAAUCGGUAUCCUGAUAUCCCCAAAAAGUAUGAUCGAUCAAUUGAGGACCCUCAGAAUACUCAAAAGACUGGUGGGAUUUUGUCAUCAUCUGAUGCAAGCGGUCAAACGAGUACCGAUGAAUUGACGUCCAGAAUUCCCUGGACUAUUAAAAAUCUGAGAGAUGAGAUUGAAGAAACAGGGUCGGGGACGGUUUCAGGUUCAGAACUGAAGUUCAAAAUUCUGGAACUGGCAAUCAGUGAUAUUGGUAUGGGUAAGUAUCAAUGGUAUUUGUUUGUAUUGUGUGGUAUCGGGUGGGCUGCUGAUAAUCUCUGGCUCCAGGGAGUAGCACUGAUCCUUCCUUCAUUAUCUACCAAUUUUGGGGUCACGGAACAAUUCGUUCGAUAUGCCACUCUCUCCUUGAAUGUUGGAUUGUCACUUGGCGCCGCUGGGUGGGGUAUCGGAUCGGAUAUCAAAGGGAGAAAACUGGUAUUCAAUUCAACAUUGAUUAUUGCUGGAGUUUUUGCCUUGUCAUUGGCAGGCGCGAAGAGCUUUAUCGCUGCUUCCAGUCUUCUUGGAGCACUUGGGGUUGGGGUGGGGGGGAGCCUUCCCGUGGAUGGAACCAUGUUUCUUGAAUUCUUACCACACAACAAUCGCAGUUACUUAACACUGUUGUCUGUAUGGUGGCCAAUAGGACAAGUGCUGGCUUCGCUACUUGCUUGGCUCUUGAUUGGAGCAAGUUCCCACACAAAUCAUGGUUGGCGGUUGUUCAUAUACAUCUUGGGAGGUAUAACCUUAGCGCUGGCUCUCGUUCGUUUGUUAUUCGAUAGCAUCGAGUCGCCGAAAUACCUCCUUGGGAUAAAUAAGCAAGCAGAAGCUGUGAGAUCUGUCCGUGCACUGGCGCAUAAGAAUGGCACAGUGACUUGGCUCACUGAAGAUAUUCUCAACGAGAUAGGAGGGACGCAAGAGGUAGUCGAAGAAGUGAAGUCAGGUGUUGUGGUGAAAGUUCGUCGAGCAAUUACAACUUUCGGACCGGAAACGAAAAAAAAGAUCUCUCCAUUGUUUGGAAAUCCUCAAUUGGGUCUGAAUACUGCUUUACUAUGGUUCAUUUGGGCUUGUAUUGGAAUGGGAUAUCCGUUAUUCAAUGCCUUCUUACCACAAUACCUAUCGAACGGUCACAAAACAGGAGAUAGCUCCAAUACAUAUCGGGACUAUGUAAUUAUCAGUGCCGUUGCCGUUCCAGCCUCCUUUUUUGCUUGCUUUCUUGUCGUCAAGGCAGGUCGUAGGGUACCAAUGGCGAUUGCAACAAUGGUAACCGGAAUAUCUUUCUUUCUUUUCACUCUCCGCAGUGAGAGCACCUUCCAACUCGGCUUUGGGUGUGCAGCAUCCUUCUUUCAAAAUAUUAUGUUUGGAAUUCUCUUUGCAUAUACCCCAGAGACAUUCCCCGGACCCAGUAGAGGCACUGGUUGUGGUAUUGGCCAUUCCCUGAACAGACUCGGUGGAAUAUGUGCUCCUUUGAUAGCAGCGAAUAUCGGUGCAUCCGACCCAAGUCUACCGGUUUACGUUAGUGCGGUCGUUGUAAGAGGUUUAGAUAGUAGGGAGGAUGGAACCGGUAUACUAAGCGGACUCGUUGUACCAGACAGAUUGAAUGUACCAAAUAGAUUCAAGUACCAAGCAAUUUCAGUAAUACCAAAGAGUAAUAGAGCCUCGUUCUUAGCUGCACAUUGCAAAGGUUCAAAGUAUGCUUACAAAGUCCACAUCACCAUCAAGCUUUCAUUGGCAGCUUUGACGUUUCCAAGAGAAAACAGUCUCAAAAGGCCAGUGGAGGGUGACACUGAAGACCUCGACAACCCUCAUACCUUUUACACGAACCUCGAUUUUAUCAGCGGCAGAGUUAUCCUAAACCUUACGAGCGAUGAAGCGAUUAGCAAGAUAGUGGUGAAGCUCGAGGGAGAGAGCAAGACCCGUCUAUCGAAACCACCGAGUGUGCUAUAUACACAAGGUCCUAAUCCUCCUGCACUUUAUACGAGGCGAGAUAGACAAGAAAUUUGUGAGGAAAAUCAUAAGGUUUUAUACAAGGUCGCAGAAGUGUUUCCCAACAAAGCCAUUUUAAAUUCAUACACAUUGAGGGCUGGGCAACAUGAAUACCCAUUCCGUAUCAAAUUGCCCAUCAACAACGGCUGCCAUGACCCGGCUUCGCAACGAAUCGGACCUGGUGGUGGAUUUGGAGGUCUUGGAAUCCAGGGUAUGCAGCAGAUGCAAUAUCGUCAUGUCAAGAGGACAUUACCUCCCUCACUCACCGGAUUUCCGGGAGAAGCGGAGAUACGAUAUUAUGUCAAAGUUACUGUACAAAGACCAUCGUUGUUCAAGGAAAACAGAAGAUCAAUGAUUGGAUUUAAGUUUCUACCGAUCGAAGCCCCAAGACCUCCUGAAACCACAAAUGAGGCGUUCGCGAAACGGCCAUAUAAAUUUAUAACUGGAGGGAAAUCCUAUGUGAAAACGAGUCUAUUCACGAAGAAACCCAAGCAGUCCCUUUCAAAUGAGGCUCCGCAAGGAGAAGUGGAUGCUAGAUUGCCCAGUCCUCCUAUUUUAACUUGCAAUAAGCCUCUGCCAAUGAGGAUCCUCCUUAGGAAGACCCACUCAAGUCCUGAGCACCUGUUCCUCAUGUCAUUACAAGUUAACCUUCUCGGCACCACUGAAGUAAGAGCUUCGAGUGUCAUUAGGCAUGAAACCAGUACUUGGGUGGUGAUGAGUUUGACUGGACUUUCGAUCCCUAUUGGAUCACCAGGAGAUCCGAUCGGCACCGAGACAGUCAUAGAUAGUAAACUAUGGGAUGCAAUCCCUUUACCAAAUACUGUUGCUCCUUCCUUCUUGACUUGCAAUCUUGCUCGCCGAUAUGAACUUGAGGCGAGGAUUGGAUUAGGCUAUGGUCACCCAGGAAAUAUUCAGGCACAAACACUCAAUAUCCCUCUAAGAUUCAAAAUUGAAAUCUUCUCCGGUAUAGAGCCACCAGCUGCACUUAUCGACGCCAUGACAGCUCAACCCGCCAUUCCAACAAGACCUCCCGUCAACACGGCACCACCACCUUUCGAUCCGGCAUACCCGCCACAAGUUGGAGCGCCAGGAGCCCCGGAUUUGGAUGAUGCUCCGCCUUCUUAUGAAGAUGCUCUCGCGGAGGAAAUCACCCAAGCGAAUGGCUCUUCGAGGCCUGCUUACAGUGGUGUUACGAAUGAAAACGCGCCGGGAAUCGAUGAGAAGGGGGGAUUGAGUGAUGGACAUCAAAAAAGCGAGGCUUCGCAUAAUUUUUGA